AUUUAUAAAUCUACCAUUGACCUACCAAAUGGCUUAAUGAAAAAACAGAGGGACCAGCUUCGGUUGGUUCGCAUCAACUGCUUUCAUUGUUCUUCAGAACUCACCUUUCCUCCACGUUUAUCGUGUUUUUUUAGUUUUCUUGGCAUCCGAAUCGCAUGACAGUCGCGUGAAGAACAAAGCCCAUCUCUCUCUCUCUCUCUCUCUCUCUCUCUCUCUCUCUCUCUCUCUCUCUCUCUCUCGUUUCUUUGCUCACGUUCUUGGGCUUCGCUUCUCAAUUUGCUUUGUUGCUUAAGAAGAAGGAUCAUUAUUAUUACCAGUUGCUUUCUGAAGGGUUAACACAGAAUGUUCAGGAGGAAGACAACUCAUCAGCCAGAGGAUGAUUCCGACAAAGAUCUCAAGGUCGGUGAAUUAAGGGAAGCUAUGGGUCCGCUGUCCGGACGCAGCUUGAAAUUCUGCUCAGAUGCUACGUUGAGGAGAUACUUGGAAGCUCGGAAUUGGAACGUCGACAAGGCCAAGAAAAUGUUAGAGGAGACUCUUAAAUGGAGAGCUACGUAUAAACCCGAAUAUAUCCGUUGGCAUGAAGUAGCACAUGAAGGCGAGACCGGAAAAGUUUCCCGAGCUAAAUUUCACGACCGGAGCGAAAGAAUUGUGCUUAUAAUGAGGCCAGGAAUGCAGAACACGACGUCCGCGGAGGGUAAUAUCCGGCAUUUGGUUUACCUUCUCGAAAACGCGAUCCUAAAUCUUCCCGAGGGACAGAACCAGAUGUCUUGGCUCAUAGACUUCACCGGAUGGUCUUUGAACACUAAUGUCCCCAUGAAAACGGCCCGAGAGAUCAUUUACAUUCUACAAAACCAUUACCCUGACAGGCUUGCCGUCGCAUUUCUCUACAACCCCCCAAGAAUCUUUCAGGCAUUCUACAAGGCUGUGAAGUAUUUCAUGGAUCCAAGAACAGUUCAGAAGGUGAAAUUUGUGUACCCAAAAGAGAAAUCGAGCGUGGAGUUAAUGAAAACGUACUUCGACAUCGAGAAUCUUCCCCAAGAGUUUGGAGGGGAAGCCACGCUUGCGUACGAUCAUGAGGAGUUCUCCAGAUUGAUGGCUCAAGACGACAUUAAGACUUCCAAGUUCUGGGGAACAGACCACAAGACUUCUCCAGCGCCCGAGGUCGUGUCUGGACCUGGCCGAGACUGAGUGUUUUGCCCAGCCAACAAGACAAAAAAAUAUAGUAGAAUAUAUAUAUAUAUAUAUAUAUAU